ACUUUGUGUCAUGGCCGCCGUCAGGUUGGCAGACAAUAAGUUAGGAACUGUAAAACGAAUUAAUUUAUAUAGUUUUUUUUCUCUACAAUACAUACAAAGUGUCAAGAAUAUUCAAGAUAAUGUAAUCACCUGAAUCACCAAGAACAACAACUUUAACUUUCUCAAUUGCUGCCAUUUGCAAGAAAAUAAACAGAACGAAAUUGCACAAACAUGACUGAGGAGCGCCUGGUAACAGAGGUUCCCAGCAGCUUGAAACAGCUAGCUCGUCUUGUAGUAAGGGGUUUCUACACCAUUGAAGAUGCACUUAUCGUCGACAUGCUGGUCAGAAAUCCUUGUAUGAAAGAAGAUGAUAUUUGUGAAUUACUGAAAUUUGAAAGAAAAAUGUUAAGAGCUCGUAUAGCUACUUUAAAAAACGAUAAGUUUAUUCAAGUCAGAUUAAAAAUGGAAACAGGUCCUGACGGCAAAGCGCAAAAAGUUAAUUACUACUUCAUAAAUUAUAAAACAUUUGUUAAUGUUGUUAAGUACAAAUUAGAUCUGAUGCGGAAACGUAUGGAAACAGAAGAACGCGACGCAACAAGUCGUGCCAGCUUCAAAUGUCCAUCGUGCGGGAAAACGUUCACAGACUUAGAAGCGGAUCAGUUGUAUGAUAUGAUGACCCAAGAAUUUCGUUGUACAUUUUGCAAUCAGGUAGUCGAAGAAGAUCAGUCAGCACUGCCAAAAAAAGAUUCGAGAUUAUUAUUGGCCAAGUUUAACGAACAGCUUGAAACACUCUACAUUCUAUUACGAGAAGUUGAAGGAAUUAAAUUGGCACCAGAGAUAUUGGAACCAGAGCCUGUGGACAUCAACACUAUUAGAGGAUUGACAAUGAAACAACCGCUGAUGCGUCCACCUGGAGAACAGUGGUCGGGCGAGGCUACACGUAACCAAGGUCUAGCGGUAGAAGAAACCCGCGUUGACAUCACCAUCGGCGAGAAUGACAACGCUAAUGACGCUACUGCAGUUCGCAAAGAAAGACCUGUAUGGAUGGUGGAAAGUACAAUCGUUACAAAUGACCAAAGCGACAGCGUACACUCUACCGAUGCGGCUUUGGAGAAAGCUGCGAGCAACGCCAGUAACGUUAAAAAUAUGGGCAAAGAAAAGAACGACGAUAUCAUGUCUGUUCUACUAGCACACGAAAAACAAAACACAGGUUCAGGUAAUGCAACAGCAAACGCCUUGAAGGGUAUCGAACCAGAUAGUUCAGAUUCGAGUGAUAAUGAAUCUAAAGACCCAUACAAACUGAAGGACGAAUUAGCAGCUGUCGCUGAAAUGGAGAGUGGCGAAGACUCAGACUCCGAUGACAACGCCCCAACCGUGUUGGUAAAUGGUAAAGCAGUGCCACUAACCAGUAUCGACGAUGAUGUUAUAGCGCAAAUGACGCCAUCCGAGAAAGAGACCUACAUACAGAUCUAUCAAGAGUAUUACAGCCACAUGUACGAUUAAAAUGUAACAAUUUAUGUAAGAGAAAAUGUCAUUUUAAUAAUAAACUUGGUCAUAUG